AUGGCGCAGGUUGUGGCUCCUCUGAGCUGGGGUUUGCUUUGGUUGUGUUUCGGCGUCCUGUCGGCCUCCGAGCAGCUUCUGGAGCAGAGUCUGAACGGAAAAUGGAGGCUUUCAAACUCCAACAGGUCGCUGGUUCUGCCUGCAGAGGUACCGGGCUGUGUCCACUCAGCCCUGCAGCAGCAGCAACACAUCCAGGACCCAUAUUUCCGGUUUAAUGACUUGUUAUACCAGUGGAUUGCUCUGGACAACUGGACAUAUUCAACCACAUUUGCUGUUUCUACCCAGAUAAAAGUCAAACAGAAAGUGCUUCUCAUCUUUGAUGGCGUGGACACAGUCGCAUCCGUUUCUCUUAACGGUAUCGUUCUCGGAAAGACUGAUAACAUGUUUCGCCGAUACGACUUUUCAGUCCGAGAUCAGCUGAAAGUCGGUGAUAACGUGCUGGAAGUCAGCUUCCUUUCACCGGUUCUCUACGCCUCGGAGCGGAGGAAAGCUCACUCUUCCUAUGUCGUCCCACCUGAAUGUCCUCCAGAUGUCCAGAAAGGGGAAUGUCAUGUUAAUUUUAUUAGAAAAGAGCAGAGCUCCUUCAGUUGGGACUGGGGACCUUCCUUCCCGACUGUGGGCCUUUGGAAAGGCGUUCGAUUGGAAGCGUUUGACAUCCUGCAGCUUAUCCAGUUAUCCGCUCUUCCUCUCUACAAUCACAGCUGCUCUCAGUGGAGGCUGCAGGUUGAGUUUCUUGUUGAUGUAGUCCGGACAUUCAACUGCAAAAUAGAGCUUUCUAUACCCGAGCUGGGGUUGAAUCAGACUUUUCAGACUCAGUUUGUCCAGGGAAGAUUAAACUACAACUUCACCUUAAACAUAAAUCAGAACAGAGAAGUGAAGCUGUGGUGGCCCCGUGGACAUGGCGAUCAGCCUUCUUACCUUCUCAAAGUGCGGGGAUUUCUGGAGACGUUUUUGAUCCUGAGUAAAGAAUCCAAGGUGUUUUUUCGUACUGUGGAGCUCCUCCAGGAACCAGUAGCUGGAUCUCCUGGUUUGAGUUUCUAUUUCCGCAUCAACGGCAGGCCGGUUUUCCUCAAAGGAUCCAACUGGAUCCCGGCUCACUCCUUCCAGGACCAAGUGAUUCCAUUGAGCUUAAGGAACUUGUUGCAGUCGGCUGCAGACGCUAACAUGAACGCCCUCAGGGUCUGGGGAGGAGGAGUGUAUGAGCAGGACCUGUUCUAUGACAUCUGUGAUCAGCUGGGGAUCAUGGUUUGGCAGGACUUUAUGUUCGCCUGUGCCAUGUAUCCCACUGAGGAGGACUUCAUUCAGACGGUGAGGGAAGAGGUCGCCCAGCAGGUCCGGCGCCUGAAGUCUCAUCCUUCGAUAAUAAUUUGGAGUGGAAACAAUGAAAACGAAGCUGCCUUGGCAACAAACUGGUUCAACAUCCCAGCUUCCCUAAAGCCCAAAUACCUCAAAGACUUUGUGACCCUUUAUGUGGAUAACAUAAGGCAGAUGGUGCAGGAGAUGGACCAGAGUCGUCCGUUCCUCGUCUCCAGUCCAACCAACGGGGCAGAAUCAGAGCAGGAGGGCUGGGUGGCAGCAAACCCGUAUGAUCCUCGCUACGGAGACGUUCAUUUCUACAGCUAUGUCCACGACUGCUGGGACUGGAAAGCCUUCCCCAGGACACGCUUUGCCUCUGAAUAUGGCUUCCAGUCCUGGCCUUCUUUCUCUACUUUGCAGCCGGUUUCUGUCCAAGAAGACUGGAGCUACAGCAGUGAUUUCACAUCCCAUCGUCAGCAUCAUGAGGAUGGAAACCAGCAGAUGCUGCAGCAGGCUGCUCUUCACUUCAUCCUGCCGAACUCCACGGACCCACUGAAGAGAUUCACGGACUCUCUUUACAUCACUCAGGUCAUGCAGGCCGAGUGUGUGAAGGCUCAGACGGAGUUUUAUCGGAGAAGUCGAAGCGAAAUGAUUGAGGGCAAAGGUCACACUAUGGGUGCUCUCUACUGGCAGCUCAACGAUAUCUGGCAGGCACCCUCCUGGUCUUCAAUCGAGUUUGGUGGGAAGUGGAAAAUGUUGCAUUACUUUGCUGAGAACUUCUUUGCGGCUGUCCUUCCUGUGGGUUUUGAAGACGACGACACACUGUUCAUCUACGCCGUCUCAGAUCUGAAUCAUGACCUGAAGCUCAAAGCUGUGGUCACUGUGCACUCCUGGUCUGACCUGGAUUCAGUUUGCACGAGAGCCUCAGACCUACAGCCUGUGCCUAGAGGCAGUGCUGUGGCCAUCUUUGAACAGUCUGUCACCGCCCUGCUGGCCGGAUGUGGCCGCUGCAGCCGCCUCACCUGCCUGCUCACCUUCCACCUGCAAGACGAAGAUGGUGUCCAGCUGGGACCAACCAACCGCCACUUCCUCUGUUCACCCAGAGAUGCUCAGGGGUUGCAGAGACCCAACAUCACCGCAAAGGUUCAACAGGACAAGUCGGGCUUCACGGUGACCCUUAACUCUGCCGCCGUGGCUCCCUUCGUCUGGCUGGACGUGGGAAAUGUCCCCGGUCGUUUUAGCUCUAACGGCUUCCUAAUGGUCACAAGAAACGCUACCAUCAAGUUUGAGGCCUGGUGUCCCACCAGCGUAGAAGAACUGUCCAGAUCCCUGAGGGUGACAACGUUAAUGGACGUUUACUGAUCUGAGUUGGAUGUUUGUGGCGACUGAAGACCAAAUGGACUCCAGCACAGCUUUGGUCUUAGCUCCCAUCUGUUUGUUUAAGAAAUCUCACCCUUGUGUUGAAUGGUUUUUGAUAAAUAAAGUUAAUAAAACCUG